AUGAAAUCCGUCUGGGGUCAGCGACAGGGCAGCGCUUUCGGGCCUCCCGCAAGUCCACCUGCUCUGCCGGCGUCUGUCGAGUGUUCUGCGCUGAAGGAGCUUUUCCUGCCAGGAAACCAAGUUCCUGUCCUCUUUGUAAGUGUCCCUCUCGGCGCUGGCCUGGCAGCUCUGAGCAUCCGGAGAAGCGCCCUUGGGACUUCCCGGGAUGUCCCCUCCUUGGGACCCCGGGGCCAAGGGUCGAGGGGCAGGGCCCUGAGGGCUUCCCUGGGGGACGCAGAUUUGGAACCGAAGCGGCCUCCGUGUGCCCACAGGUGGCAGCGCGAGCACCCAGGCGGCUGGCGCCCUGCGGGGUGUGAGCAGGGGACUGAGUGUCUUCUGGGCUUUUCCCUCCCUCAGCUUCCGCCUCCUCUUCAGCUUUCCGGGUUCAGCAGGUCCUCGCCCAGCCGGGUGCCCAAGACGGAGGCGGCCGCUGGGUCCGCCUGCCUUGCUGAGGUGGGUGAAGCCAAAGGGAGAUGCGCAGGGCAGAGGGGCAAAUGGCUGCGUUCAGGCCCGGAGGCUGGGCGGUCCGCAGAGCAGGGGCUUCCUGGGAGGCGAGGAGCAGGCGGCCAGGGCCAUGGGCCCCUGGUGGGCGCGGGGGGUGGGCUGUCCCUCACUGGGGUCGGUGCCCACAGGGGCCCAGCGUCCAGCCUGAGCGUGUCCAGUGUGUGGGGUCUGGAUGCGUUUUCAGCAGAGGAGGGAGGGGCUGGGCGGCGGGUUCUCAGAGCCUGGCAGCAGCAUAAGAUCGUGUCGUCCUGCUCUGUGGGUCCAGAAGGGAGCCUGACUCUUCACUGGUGCAGGCUGGUGUCCAAGCCCCCAUGGCACUUGGAAGUUCUAGUCCUGCUUGAACUCAUUUUCAGGCUUGUGGUUGUCAGCAUUUCCCAAAGCCUCCUGAGCUGCGUUUAUGGUUGGGGCAGCGACCCUGUCCUGGAGCUCUCAGGGCCUGUCCUCACUGUCCUCUGCUCUGUGCACACAGGGGGGGGCAUCUGUGGAAUGUCGUCCUCCUGGAGAGUCACCGGGUCAGGCUGUGCCGGGGUUUCCACCCCCGGUCACCACAUGGCCCUGGUCUCUGUGCACUUUCUGGCGCGCCCAGUCCACCUUGGCUUAGCUGACUCUUCAUCUGGAUUCCGGGGAACUGCCAGGCGGCCAGAGGCUGAGGGCACAAGCAUGGGAAUCAUCAACUGGUCAGCCUCCAGGAGCCUUUGGGGACUAGAAACAACCAAGGGUGUCCUGCUUUUAAAGAGGCCUGUUGAGUCCUCAAGGACCGGUUCAUAGCACAGCCCACAAAGGAAUAUCCUUUCAGCCUUUUGGAAGGGAGCUAUGGGGUCUGCAGUCCCCAACCUAGAGUUAUGCAAAAAAUGUCUUUAGUACUAGUAUGUUGCUUUUAAAAUACAAGGUUUGUGG